AUGGUCGUCGCAAGUAGCCAACCGCAACCUAGCACAUCGGCUCCCUCUGCGCCUCACCGAAAAAAUCGUAGAAAAAUGACAAAGAAAGCUACAGUUUCUUCUGUUGAUGCCGAUGCAGACCAAAACAUGGAAGAACACCACCCAGUAACCGAUGCGUUACCUUCCAAUGGUGGAGACGACGACGAUAUCAUGAUCGACGAUGAAAACUUCGACUCGCUUCCCAAAGUAUCUGCCGCUCCAGCUUUUGCGCCGGUAUCAGCAGACGCCUUACAGACCACAUUGAAAUCAGAAACAAGACGGAUACCGAUUCCGCCACAUCGUAUGACGCCGCUGAAGAAGGAUUGGAUUAAUAUAUUUGGUCCUCUGACCGAGAUUUUAGGGCUGCAAGUUAGGAUGAAUGUUCAGAGACGAACCGUAGAAGCACGAACUUCCAAACACACAAAAGAUAUCGGUGCUUUGCAGAAAGGUGCUGAUUUCGUGAAGGCGUAUGCUCUUGGGUUCGAUGUAAAUGAUGCUAUUGCAUUACUCCGACUAGACGAUCUAUACCUUGAUUCCUUUGAAAUCAAAGAUGUCAAAUCCUUACAAGGCGAUCACUUAUCUCGAGCUAUUGGUCGUAUCGCAGGGCAAGAUGGAAAAACAAAGUUCACUAUUGAAAAUGCUAGUAGGACCCGGAUCGUACUUGCGGAUACGAAAAUACAUAUCAUGGGCUCCUUCCAAAACAUCAAAAUCGCUCGAGAUGCUAUUGUGUCUCUCAUCCUGGGUUCUCCGCCGGGUAAAGUCUAUGCUGGACUCAGAACGGUUAGCAGUCGCAUGCGACAGCGUGCUCUGUGA